UGGGCAAGCCAGUUUACUUCCAGGGGAAAGCUGGGCUGAGGACAGAGAGGGCAUUGAGGCUGCUGGCCAUGGGGUUUGGGAUAAAGGGAAGGGAAGAUCACCUCCUUCCUGUGCUGGUGCCUUAGCACCUGAGAAUAGAGCUGCCACUUUACAUCAAACAGAGUCUCCCACGCUCAGGUCAUUACCUAUAAAGUGCUAUUGGGAGGUCACCGUGUAUUUCUGAUGACAGCUGGGAUGUAGGCUGCCUCCAGAGGGCCAAUAACUUCUAAGCUGCGUUGUUAGGCAGAAAGAGGUUAAUUGUUUUUUGUCCUCUGAAGGCCACUUGGGGCCUCUUGUAGGAGCGGAGCUGUGGGGCCUCACACACCUCCUCAGUCAGAGUGCAGUGGCUGCUGCAGAUGUGUUGGAGAUGCCAGGGAGAUGGGAGGGGAAGCCUGAGGUCUGAGGGAGCUUGGCAGUAGGCCGGCAUGUCUUUGCUGUCCUGAGGGAACGCUUAGUUAGCCAUGUUUCUUUCUGGGCUCAGCCUGGGCUCUCCUCUGUGCUGCUUUCUUUCCAGGCAUCCCCUGUGGGUGGAUUAAUUAGUUAAUUAAAACAUUUUCAUUUAAACAUUUCACUAUGUACAUUUUAACUAUCCACAAAAGUAAAAAGAGUAGAGAGCUGAGCAGUGUAUAAUGACCUCCCCCUCCCCCCAUGGUACUGUCCAGCCUGCAGAAUUAUUUGAUGUCGCAUUUGUCAUUUACUCCCGAUUUUGUUUACUCAGCUCUGAAGUGUUGACAUGAAACCUCAAGUGCCUUAUUAUUUCAAGUGUAAAUUCUUCAGUAGGAGUCUCCUAAUAGAGAGAGAACUGGGGUAAACCGCGUCUAUGAAGACGAGCCAUUCCAUAGUGAUUUCUAGUUCAUGUCCAGAUUGCCCUUCUCCCAGAAAUGUGUUUUUAAAGUGUCUAUGAGUAUGUGUGAGCUGUGUGUGUGUGUGUGUGUGUGUGAGCUCUGUAUGUGUGAGCUCUCUCUCUCCCUCUCUCUUUCUCUCUCUCUCUCUCUCUCUCUCUCUCUGUGUGUGUGUGUGUGUGUGUGUGUGUGUGUGUGUGUGUGUGUGUGUACAUGUUGGGUGUCCUCUCUACUACUCUUUGCUUGGUUUCCUUAAGCUGGGUUUCUCACUGAACCCGAGUGAGGAAGGUGGUCAGCAAGCUCAGUCAUCUUCCUGUCUCCACCAUGCUCACAAUGCUGGGGCUACAGGUGUGUGACAGUAUUCAGGCUUUUUACCUGGAAUCUGGGAAUUUGAACCCCGAUCCUCAUGCUGGCUUUCAUACCCACUGAACCAUCUCCCCAGCCCUGAACAGUGAGUUUGUUCCAAUCUGGACGCAGACAUGGUAUAUGUAUUGCAUUUUGUUGACAUUUCCUGAGUCUUUUAGAAUCUAUAGCAUUUCUUCUCUCUUCCUUUAUUUUAUUUUUCAUUGAGCGAUCAUUUUUCUUGCGGAAUUUCCACACUCAGGAUUUGACCGGCUGUACCCUCAAUGUGCUGUUCAAUGGGAAAUGCAUUCAAGCAGCUCACAAAUCAAAAUAGACAGUAUUUGAAACAGACAAAAUGACCCUUGUCUCUCAGGUACCCAAUUUUCCUGCCUGGAGGCAAUCAUCAUUUCCUGUGCAUCUUUCUAGAGCUAUCUGCUUAUAAUUUAAUCACUCUGUCUUUAUUCCUGCCAUAGAUGAUCGUUAGUUACACAUCUUUCCCUCAGACUGUUUGGUUCUCUUACAUUGCAGAUUGGGGCUCUUGUUUUGUAUAUUUAAUCUGCAGCAAUAAUGCCUAGGAUGGGGAGGGUGUCAUGUCUGUCUCAAUGUCGAGUUACGUCCUUGCCUUUGGAGAGGCCACACGAAGAGGGUAAGGUUUGCCUGCAGAAAUCCUGAAUGUGAAUUCCUCACCUUGGCUUUGGGAGGAUCAUCUAGCCCUGGCUGGCCCCUGUUUUCCUUGUCUGUAAACUAGAGACGGUGAUUGUACUCCUUGAGGAUUCUGUAGACAACACUGGAGUCAGUGAAAGAUAAGCAGAUGUGAAGGUAAGUCACAGGUCUCCUAGAAGGUGUGCUUCAUGAGGACAGAUGUGGUGUGUGCCGAGUUUCCAAGUCUGCAGAACCGACACCGGUACUGUGGGCACAGCUGGUUCUCAGGAAAGGCUCAUACAAGUGAAUGAAUGGCAUAAAGGGUUAUUGUAAAAUCUCAAAGCCCUUGUCUUUGAGGUAUAGUUUCUCCCUGCUUUUCCUCCUCCUUUCUCCAUCUAUUCCAUGCUGUGGCCCUUAAAAUUCUCCAGCGAUUUCCAGAACAGGACUAGCGUAGGGUUUGUCUCAGGGGAUCUGAAGAGCAGGUGGGUUGUGAAGAGUCUUGCUCUCUAGGGAAUAAGUGAUCUGAAAGGCAGAGGUACCACAGCUCCUCUGGACAUUGACAGCUCUGUGUUACGGUAAAUCUCCAACCCCAAUAACCUGUGCAAAAAGCACACAACUCAGUUGCAGUAUUUAUAAGCUGUGUACCUACACUGGGCAGAUCGACCGCUGCACUGCUCUCUUCCCCAGCUAUGAGAUCCCUUGCUACUUGCAGUUUCCCCGUGUCGUGUAGCUCUGCUCCAUCUUCCUUCCACCUCCUCUUCCUCGAUCUUCUUCCUUCCCUUCCCUCUCUUCCCCCCCUCUCUAAAACAUCCAGCCCCAGCUUUUGCUUCCACUAUCCAAUCACAGGCUCUAGCCUUUAUUUGACCACUUAAAAUGGGGAGAAGGUUCACAUGAAUUCACCUGAGUAUGUGAUCCAUUCCUCUUCAGGGCAGCCCCUCUUGAGGAAGCAGAAUUAGCAUCAGAAUGCAAACGGCACCAGGGCAACCCACAACAUUUUCCCCACUUUUGUCCAAUUAAAAGGCUCUUUUCUCUCAGAUAUAAAUUGAGCACAACUAUUACCGUUAUGCAAUUUAUCAAGUAUAAGAUACACUUAACACCCAGUCCAUCAUAUUUGCCAAUUUAGAUAAAGCACUCUACCAUCUAUCCUAACUUAAAAGGCUUAUGAUUCUACACCUGAAUUAUGUCUGGUUUUAGCUUGUAUUACCAUCGGAAAACUAUCCUCUCAAAUCUACAUCAUCUCUCUCAAUGCUAAACAGCUUGAGUUGACUAUGAGACUACAACCAGUCUUCAACCCUGUCAGAAAUCCGAGAAUGACUAAUAUUACCUGAAAAUAUAAGAAGCACAAAACAUAUUUUCCAAAACUUAAUGAAUUUGUAAGAUAGCUGACUACCUGGACAGUCUCUCAUUCCUCAAAAUGUUGGAGCAUCAGUCUUCAGCCUUCUGGCCCAGGAUCAUCUGACAGACCUUUGUAAAGCAGAAUUAUGAAGGACUGCUUACCCUGUCUCAGCAGAGCUACCAGUUGACCAUUCCUCAUAGUGUGUCCUUUUCUUGGACAGUAUUUUGUCUGUAGAUGAAUUGAGGAAUUCUUGCCUAGUGGUUGUCUUGUCACAACUAGAGCAACUCCAUCGAUGUUCAAUUUCUUCUUUGAACCAAGAAAGGGUGCUUUCAGGAGCAGACAAGUCUCUGGUCAAAUGAUCUUUAAUAAAGAAAUGGCCAUAAAUGUCAUAUUCUAUAGACUUCUGGCGCCUUUGAAGACUAUCUAUGCAAAGUAUAUCUGAACCAUUAAACCUUAACUAUUCUUAAUCACUUCUAUUUGAAUAAAUUGAAAACACUUUAUUAUAAUUAAAUCAGGAUAUAAUAUAGCCACAAGUUUAUUGUCUGGCCCUUAACUGUGUUCCUUGAUCAUCCCAAACAGUUUGUAAUGUCAGCUAUAGAAGGACUGGGUCCAAGCCGUGUAUUCUUGUUGAGUUGCACAAGCAUGAUGGCUGUCAAGGAAUAACAAUAUUAAUUAUAAAUCUUGUGUCGAAUAUAAGAAAUUCACACCAAUGAAAACCUUAAAUCUGUAUCAAUCUAUAAAUUGCAUACCAAUGUAAAAGUGUAACUUCAAUUUGCAUCAAUUAUAAAGAUUUCUACCAAUGUAAGAUGUGGCUAUACAAUGUUUUGUUUAAGGGUAAAUUUGAUAACCUAUCCCCAUUUGUCUAUUCCUCUAAUUUCUAUGAUAUUACUAUAUCUCCCUUUUGCUCUUCCACUCCCUUUCCUUUACCUAAGAAGGAAGGAUAGAGAAGAGGAAAGGAAAGGUAGAAAUCCCUGAAUCUAAGCUUUCUGAAUCCUCCCUUUUCAAAGCUACAUUUGUAAAAUAUCCUUUAAAAUGACAAUAUAUCUAUAAUUCAUAGAAUAAGCAGAACCAUCCAGCCUGUCCUAAGGGACUUGGGCUGAUGACUCUUCAUAACUUCUUCCUGCUGAAUAGGGGUAACAAAAAAAAUGCUUUAAAGAGGUGGUGAGGGGUAGGGAAAUUAGAAAUUUGGUUAGGUUUAGGAAAGCUAGCUUUAAAAUCUAUUAUUCAGUCUUUGCAUAUUUGGAAGGUUCAGAGCUUGACUGAACUUCUGACCGGAUCCGUCUGAAAGGUUGGAUGAGUACGAUGACCUGGAUUCCAUGGCAAACUCCAAAGCUGUUCUGGACAGCAACCAGAAGCAGGGGCCCAAGCAGGUACAUCUCCGCUCUGCCAGGCGUCUCUGUGAACUCUGCUGUGCCAACCGGGGCACUUUCAUCAAGGUGGGCCAGCACCUGGGGGCUCUGGACUACCUGCUGCCGGAGGAGUACACCAGCACGCUGAAGGUGUUGCACAGUCAGGCCCCACAGAGCAGCAUGCAAGAGGUCCGACAGGUCAUCCGAGAAGACCUGGGCAAGGAGAUCCAUGAUUUGUUCCUGAGCUUCGAUGACACCCCUCUCGGGGCAGCCUCCCUGGCCCAGGUCCACAAGGCAGUAUUGCAUGAUGGCCGGACAGUGGCAGUGAAAGUCCAGCACCCAAAAGUUCAGGCUCAAAGCUCCAAGGACAUUCUCCUGAUGGAGGUGCUUGUCCUGGCUGUGAAGCAACUUUUCCCAGAUUUUGAAUUCAUGUGGCUGGUGGAUGAAGCCAAGAAGAACCUGCCUCUCGAGUUGGACUUCCUAAACGAAGGGAGGAACGCUGAGAAAGUGGCCCACAUGCUCAAGCACUUUGACUUCCUAAAGGUCCCCCAGAUCCACUGGGAGCUGUCUACCAAGAGGGUGCUCCUGAUGGAAUUUGUGGAGGGAGGUCAGGUCAACGACAGGGCCUACAUGGAGAAGAACCGGAUCGAUGUGAAUGAGAUCUCCUGCCACCUAGGCAAGAUGUACAGUGAGAUGAUCUUUGUCAAUGGCUUCGUACACUGUGACCCCCACCCAGGCAAUGUGCUGGUGCGGAAGCGUCCUGACACGGGCAAGGCUGAGAUUGUCCUCUUGGAUCAUGGGCUCUACCAGGUGCUCACGGAGGAGUUCCGCCUGGACUACUGCAAUCUAUGGCAGUCUCUGAUCUGGACCGACUUGGACAGAGUGAAAUAUUACAGCCAGCGCCUGGGGGCUGCAGACCUCUACCCACUGUUUGCCUGUAUGCUGACCGCCCGGUCUUGGGCCUCAGUCAAACAGGGCAUUGGGCAAGCUCCAGUCUCUGCUACUGAGGACUCAGAGAUUCGCAAUAAUGCAGCCUGCUACCUGCCUGAGAUCAGCCAGCUCCUUAACCAUGUGCCUCGCCAGAUGCUGCUCAUCCUGAAGACCAACGAUCUACUCCGCAGCAUCGAGACCACCCUGGGCACGCGGUCCAGCGCCAGUUCCUUCCUCAACAUGUCUCGGUGUUGUAUCCGGGCGCUGGCUGAGCAUCGGAAGAGGGAUGCCGGCUCAUUCUUCAGAAGGACCCAGAUAUCUUUCAGUGAGGCCUUCAGCCUGUGGCAGAUUAGCCUUCAUGAACUUCUGCUUCGAGUGAAGGCCUUGAGGCUAGCUUGUUGGGUCUCAGCUCUCCUGGGCUGGCUGACUCGGGCUCCAUACUGAAUGUGACUGUCUUUCCCUGCCCCUUCCUAGUGUCUUUCCACACCUCAUUUUUUCCUUCAUGCUGGGACUACCCACUGACCCAUCCAUGUCUGUCUAGGGUUGGCCUGUGGUCCCAGGGUGGACGUCCAUGGCACCAUCAGCCUCUGCCAUUGGAGCCCUUGCCUCGUGGUGGCCUUGUCUGGGGGUCCUGGAAUGACCUGGAGAGUGGUUUUCUUUCCUCCAGGGAGGGGAUAAAACUACCUACCUCCCAUCUCCUGUAUGUGCCAUUGACUUGGUCAUCCCUACUUUUAUGAGGAUUGUCAGAAUGGACCAACCACAUGUGUCACAGGGUAUGUUUAACCUGUAUGGAGUAAGUAGAGUCUUAGAACUUGCUGAGAAGAGACUGUAGUUUUGAUGUAUCACUCCCAAAGGGGCACUACCUCAGCGAGGCAGGCUGCAUCAGAGAGUGAAUGAUGCAGCUGUGGGCUCAUGUUGUCAUGGUGACACCUUCAGUGUUGUAUUUAUUGUAUGUAUUGUUUAUUGUAAUAAACCCUUUCAAGGUUGCAGGGACUGCCCCUUCCAACUCAAUGGCUCCAUGUGGCCUUUCAGUUGCACUUGCUAUCUGCUUCUAGGUUUUUCAGAGAGGCCUAGGAGAGCAAAGUCGGGUUUGGUUAUAGAAUUUAUUUGCUAGCUUGGGAGAAAAUUCCCAUGGCUCACAGUCGACUUAAACACCAUGUACCCUGAGACCUUGCCUUCCAAAGCCAUGUAGGCUGUAAGACUCCUGCUGCCACAGGGCCCCAUCCUGCUUCUUGGAGAUAGGAGAUCCGGCCUUCCCCAUCACAGACCUUAGUUGGAGCCCAAAGCUUGGAACCAGAGGCAGAGGUGGGCCCUUCCUUGUUUCCUAUGAUGGGGACACCUGCCUCAGCCUCAGACCUGACUGGUCAGGUCAGGACUUGCCCUCUGGUUCUCAGUCAGUGGCCUGAGUCUCAUUCAGGUCUAGGAUUGUACUAGGUCCUUCCAGGUCUUUGGAGACAUCAACCUAACUGAUGAGACCACAGUCACCAUGGCUGUGCCCAUUCUGACACAUCCAAGUCACCUGAUCAAAUUCUGUCUCUAGUCCCCCCCCCCCCCCACACCUCCCCCUGCAUCCACAUCUCCCGAACCCAUCGUUUGUUCUUAUGUGUGCCUGGUCUGGGGGUCCCCGAGAGACCCUAUGUGUGGAAGGCCCUACCUUCAUGAUCACUAUUUGAUCAGAAAAUCUGAACCUCAUUUCUACUCUCUCUGUUAAUGAUACAAGCAGAUUUUCUAGGGAGCAGAAACGAUUUGCAUUCUUUUAUUUUCUGAAAGAAUUAAUUAUUCUCGGUGACCAGUUGGAUGUACCCAGGGACCGAGGAGAGUAAUUCGAAAGCCCUGUUAUUAAUCAUGAGGAUACAUGCUGCAUAUUCUAUUUUAUGGUGUUUUUUACAGCCACUGACGUAAAUAUAAAUGUCCUUUCUGUUUAA